CGUCUGAAAUUCCUCAUUCGCCUGGUUGCUUGUUGCUCCAGUUUCCUUUUUCCUUUUCCUUCGACGGAUAUUUUCCUGUUCCCUUGUUCAAUCGUCGGAACUUUAGUGAGCAACUGGCAACCCAUAAAGGCGCAUUGAAAGCGGUUCGGAAAAGAAAACCUGGACUGUCAACGUGAUAUCUCAAAGGAUUUCUUCCUAUGUGUGAAUGAUCCAUUUUUACAGAAAUCUAAUUAUCACUACAUCUGACGACAUCCAGUAUGAUGGCCUGAUAUUUCAGAACAUUAAUCAUAAAUAGGUCUGUACGAACAGAAUAAGUAUAGACUCAUCAGGUGCUGCCACGCAUUUCUUAAUCCCCAGCGAAAUGGAAAAAUCUUUCAAAUACGAGAUUCGGACUAAUAAUGUCCAGGGACUAUGAAGAGCCUGGCAAUUCAGUAGGGAUGUUGGCAGCAGUGGAACAUGGUCCUGUCCUCUGCAGUGACUCCAACAUCCUCUGCCUCUCAUGGAAAGGAAGGGUUCCCAAAAGUGAGAAGGAAAAGCCAGUGUGCAGGAGACGCUACUAUGAGGAAGGUUGGCUGGCCACUGGAAAUGCUAGGGGUGUUGUUGGAGUGACUUUCACUUCCAGUCACUGCAGGAGGGACAGGAGUACUCCGCAGAGAAUUAAUUUCAAUUUAAGAGGCCACAACAGUGAGGUUGUCCUUGUCCGCUGGAAUGAGCCAUUUCAAAAGCUCGCUACGUGUGACAUGGAAGGGGGGAUAUUUGUGUGGAUACAGUAUGAGGGACGAUGGUCUGUGGAGCUGGUUAAUGAUCGGGGGGCUCAGGUAAGUGACUUUACCUGGUCCCAUGAUGGAACUCAGGCCCUGAUUGCUUACAGAGAUGGAUUUGUCUUGGUGGGCUCAGUUAGUGGCCAGAGGCACUGGUCAUCUGAGAUCAACCUUGAGAGCCAAAUCACCUGUGGAAUAUGGACCCCUGAUGACCAACAGGUGUUGUUCGGAACAGCAGAUGGGCAAGUAAUUGUAAUGGACUGUCAUGGUCGGAUGCUUGCUCAUGUUCUAUUACAUGAGUCAGAUGGCAUUGUGGGCAUGUCCUGGAACUGCCCUGAUUUCUUGGUGGAGGACAGCAGUGAGAGUGAUACAGAUUCUGAUGACAAUGCCCCAAGUCAAGCACGUAAUGUGAAGCCCCUUCUCACAGUAAGCUUCAUAUCUGGAGACAUAAGUCUAAUGAACAACUACGACGACCUUUCACCUAAUAUUAUCCACUCAGGACUAAAAGAUGUGGAGGUGCAGUGGUGCUCUCAGGGAGACUUAUUAGCUGUAGCUGGAAUGGAGAGACAUGGGCUGCCAUCUGACUCAGCCUGUUCCUCCAUGAUGAGAAAUGCUCUAGUCAAAUUCUACAAUGUCCAAGGAGAACAUAUAUAUACUUUGGAAACACCUGCACAGAGGCCCAUCACAACUAUAUGCUGGGGCCACAGGGACUCACGGUUGUUUCUGGCUUGUGGGCCAGCACUGUAUGUUGUAAGGGUUGAGCACAGAGUGGCUAGCCUCCAGCUGCUGUGCCAGCAGGGCAUAGCCAGUGCCCUAAGAGAGGAGAGAGAUGUAAGCAAACUGAAUAUGCCAUCUCUCCUCUGUUCCUACGUCACCAGUGCAUUCAUCCCAACCAUCAAGCCUCCUAUUCCUGAUCCAAACAACAUUCGUGACUUUGUUAGCUACCCCACAGCUGGAAAUGAGAGAUUGCAUUGUACAAUGAAGCGUGCUGAAGAGAAUCCAGAAGCUGGAGGGCCAUGCUAUACCCUCUAUUUAGAGCACUUGGGAGGUCUGGUGCCUAUCCUUAAAGGCCGUCGUAUCAGCAAACUGCGUCCAGAGUUUGUUAUAAUGGACCCCAAAAUGGACAGUAAGACAGAUGAGGUCUGCGUAAAUGGUAUGUUAUCCUACAUGACUGACAGCUGCAACUGCUCUGACUCUAGUGACAUCGAACUGAGUGAUGAAUGGGUCGAAAGGAAGUCACCUAAACUUUCUAGAGGAAACAGGUCCCCCAAACUUCCAAGAAUCAAUAUGGAAUCAAGAAAGUCUCCCAAACUUGCCCAAACAUCCCAAGAAUUGUCCAGGUCUCCACGAUUACCAAAGAAAGCUACUAUACGGUCUCCAAGUCUCACUCGAAGGGAGUUUCCAGUGGAUGGAAUAAGUGAGCAUAAUUAUCUGGCUCAAGUCACCUCUAACAUUUGGGGUACAAAGUUUAAGAUUGUCGGACUUGCUUCUUUUUUGCCAGCAAAUUUAGGUGCAGUAAUCUACAAAACCAGUUUGUUACACUUACAACCACGUCAGAUGACAAUCUAUCUACCAGAGGUCCGUAAGAUUUCCCUAGACUUCAUGAGCCUACCGGUCUUCAAUCCCAAUGUGUUUAGCGAAGAUGAAGAUGAUUUACCAGUCAUGGGCCCUUCAGGGGUGUCGGGUGAUAAUCCUCCCUGCACAGUAAAUAUUCCCAUUGCUCCAAUACAUAGUCCUGCUCAAGCCAUGUCACCCACACAGAGCAUAGGUCUAGUACAGUCUCUCUUGGCAAAUCAGAAUAUUCAGCUUGAUGUCCUGACCAAUCCCACUGCCACAGCAGCUGCUGCUGCUGCAGCCGCAGCAAAGGCAGCGGUUCCUGAUCAUAGUGCAGACAAUGUGACAGCACAGUACACUGUGCCAGCAAGAUACUCUAGUCCUGGACAGGUUAUCUUUAGUGGCCUUGAAAUGGGUAACCUGGGUUUGAAUGGAACACUCCCACCACCGCCACAUCAUUUGCCACCACAACCUCAUCAGCCACAACGUCAGCAGCAACAGCAACAAGAAGAUCAUCAUCAAGCAUCAAAACAUCAGCAGCAGUCACAAACACAACAGCAGCAUCUGAAGUUACAACAACACCAGCAAACACAGCAACAGCACCAACAACCAAUGCAACAUCAUCAACAGCAUCUGCAGCACCAACAACAAAUGCAAACUCAGCAUCAUCAACAAAUUCAACAGCACAUACAACAGCAGCACCAACAGCAACUGCAACAGCAUCAUCAAAUACAGCAACAACAACUACAGCAACAUCAUCAGCAACUGCAACAGCAGCAACUGCAACAGCAGCAGCAACAUCAUCAGCAACUGCAACAGCAGCAGCUGCAACAGCAGCAACUGCAACAGCAGCAGCUGCAACAGCAGCAACUGCAACAGCAGCAAUUACAACAGCAAAUACAUCAGCAACAAGUCCAACACCACCAUCAGCAAAUGCAACAGCAGCAGCAUCAGAUGCAUAUCCAACACGAGCAAAUGCAGCAGCAGCAGCAACAAAUUCGUCAACAGAUUCAAGAAAUGAGACAGCAGCAACAACAGCUUCAGCAACAGCAUCAACAAAUGCAGCAGCAACAACAACAGAUGCAAAGACAGCAUCAACAAAUGCAGCAACAGCUCAAGCUGCAAAUAUCUUUACCACCUCCACCUUCAGGGUACGCCACUAUUUCCAUGCAUCAGCUCCAGAUGAUGCCUGCAAUUUCUCACCCAGACCAACCAUCAGAAAGAGCAGAGCAAACACACACUCUGAAAGUCCCUUCUAGACCACAGUCAUUUAUUGAAAAUGACAACUCUCUUGAAAUUCAAAUGCGUAAAAUGAAUCCUCCACCGCCAUACCCUGGCACAGUGGUAUCUGCAGCUGUAGCAGGGCCCCCUGUCCAGCCAGGUCUAAUUGGUAACAGUGAGAACAAUAACACACUGUCAGCAGACCCAUGCCUAUCUAAGGAUGAGUUCUCUCUUCACCCAGUGAGCAUCCAGUACCCAACACCUCUUGGAUAUGAAAGGAUAACAACUUUUGACAGCAGUGGAAAUGUAGAGGAGGUGUGUCGCCCACGGAGACGUCUUAUACGAAACCAGAAUGCAUAUGGCUUGCAAGGAAUGGGCAGUUCGGCUACAUUGAAAAUUACCUCCUCUGAAAAUAAGAAGGUCCAGCUUCCUUAUAGCUCAGCCACUCUCAGUCGCCUUUCAGUGCCUCGAUAUUCCAUACCAAGUGGAGAUCCUCCACCAUACCCAGACCCUGCUAAUCAGAUUAAUGUAAAUAGGAGUCCUACACAAAGGAUCGACAGUAGUCUGAUCCACGCUACUCUGCGCCGGGAUCGCAGAGAAAAUUCUCUGAAGGUUCCUCAAAUGGUGGAUACAUCGAGAACUCUACCAACCAAAUCUAAAGUUAAUAGUGCCCUUGCACUUUCUUACCAGCCCAGGAUCCCCACAGCUUUGUACACUUGCACUCAGUGCAGCAGUAACAGCAGCAGCACAAGUGUAAGUGUCAGUGGUGGUGGAAGUAACAGCAGUGGCAUUGCAGGGGGGACUGUAGUGCGGCAGGAUUUUCCCCCUGGCAAAGGGGCACAACACAGUACCAUAAUUGUGCACUCUAAAAGUGCUUCGACUCUGGCUUCACAGUCUUCUUACAACCUACUGAGCCCAGUUGACAAUAGUCGGGACAGGACAGUGUACAUCAACUCUGCCUUUACUGAAGACGAGACUCUAAACCAGCAGUGCCACUUGGAAAAAUCAAUGCGCCAUUUAGCUCUCGGAGAUGUUGGUUUAACAGUGAAGCGGCCACCACCUUACCAGUGGGAAUCUCCUCCUUCAGAUCAAAUAUGGAUGUCCCAGGAUCAAAAUAUGCUGACUAGCCCACCAGGACCUCACAAACCACCCCAUCUUUUACUCAGCCAAGCACAGCACUUAGACAUAACUCGACUGCCGUUUGUCCUCUCAACAAAACCUCCCUCUAGUCACAAUUCUAUGACCCUGCCGUCAACUUAUCAACUUUCCCUUUCACCUUUUCCCCCUGGUGUGGGCCACAGUGGUCCUCAGUUUCAGUCAUUGCAAAGUACUCCACAGCCAUGCAUCCCCAGUGACAUGGUAACAUCAAUUCCAUUUAGCCAACAAGAUCCAGCUCUUGUUUUGCCCCCUGGUUAUGCAAAUAAUAUGGCCAGUCUGCCCUGUUGCCCACUCCCCCCCAUGUAUCCUGGAGCCAGUUCAUGCACCAACCUUCAGCUUCAUCCAAUGACCUUACAUCCAUGGAGCACAUACAGUGCUUGCCCUCCUAUGCAGGACCACUCAGCAACUCUACCAAGUAAAAUGCAUCAGAGUCUGGAGAAGCCCAUUCUCUCACCCCCACCACCUCCACCUCCUCCACCACCACCACCACCCCCUCCUCCUCCUCUCCCCCCUCCUCCUCCUCCAGCUGAACUUAUGGCUCACCAAAGCACCUCAGAGGUUUUAGCUGACUCCGGUGACAGUUUUCAGGAACAGUCCUCACUUAAUGAGAGUCCGGUACAACAGGGGUCAGACAGGUUCAGCAAAAAAAGUCGUAAAAGACUCGACAGCAGGGCAGAGGAGGCUGGCAUGUCUACUGUUUCUGAGAGUAAAUCAAAAAAGGAAGGCCGCACUCUGGCUGACUUCAAUUCUCUCAUUGCUAGCCCAAGGCUUGGUGGCAGAGAGAAAAAGAAGCCUAAAGGACAAAAGGAGCAACUGAACAAGGCCAAAAAGCUGAGCAGGACCACAAAUGAGUUCCAAGACAGCUCUGAAAGUGAACCUGAACUGUUCAUUAGUGGUGAUGAACUAAUGAAUCAAAGCCAGAGCAGCAAGAAAGGUUGGAAGAGCAAACGUAGCCUGCGCACAGCAAAUGAACUGGAGGAGAUUAAGUGCCGCAAGGCAAAUGAGAGAGAAGAUCGGAGCCUUGGCAGUCAGGGCUUUGUUUAUGUCAUGGCGAACAAACAGCCAUUGUGGAAUGAAGCCACCCAAGUCUACCAGCUUGACUUUGGUGGAAGAGUUACACAGGAAUCAGCCAAAAAUUUUCAGAUUGAGCUGGAUGGGCGACAAGUAAUGCAGUUUGGCAGAAUCGAUGGAAAUGCAUACAUCCUGGAUUUUCAGUAUCCAUUCUCAGCUGUGCAAGCAUUUGCUGUCGCAUUGGCCAAUGUCACUCAGAGGCUUAAAUAAAAGACAUUAAUAGACAUCUUGGGCAAGACAACACAAUUUAUUAAUUAUGUAUUGUGAAUAACAAUGGACAACGCAUUAUAUUGCGUUGAAAAAUAUGGUACUGCUUGUGUUGGGCCAGGGUGUAAAAGUAACAGUCAGAGGAACGUUGACAGAAACAUGGAAUACUUGAAAGUGGAAAAAGGUACAAAGUAGUUGAAAUAAUUGUUCUUUUGUUAACUUUAGGGGAAGAAGAAAAAAAGAAGUAGUAGAAAGAAUACAGGACCAGUGCUUGAUUAAAGCUAGUAAAUAUCAGUUUCAAGUUUUGAUUUUUCUUUUAGUGUGUGUAUAUGUUUCAUAACAUUAAUAUAUGAAAGGCUAAACAAUGAUUUGCAUGCAAACCUAUGCCAAUUUAGUUACCCUGUGAUUAUGGGAUUCCCUUACUGAGAAUUUUUGCUGCAGGUUGUUUUUCAAGCGUGAGUGGUAAUAUGAAUUUUACAUAUGAUGUACUGAUGGGGAUAUUGCCCUGACUUAAAACAAUUUUUUGAAGUUAUUUUGACUGUUCUGUCAAUUGUAUCUCAUUUAUGUGUGAAUAUAACAUGAUUCAGGCAUUAUUACUAUUAACCUCAACAUUUCAUUGCAGGUUUAAUUGAUUUCUUGCCUUUUUUUAAUUACUCCUAUUUCAUCAUCAUCCUUUGUAAUGGCAGCAGAUUUUUAUCACUAUAAAACAUGAAUGGAUGUUGAUCAUGAAUCAAGCUGUCUUAAAUAAUAUUUGAAUUACUGUAAUAUGUCGAUUUAUAAAAUGAUACCACCUGUUUCAUUACAUCUCACCACAUGUCCACAUGCUUUUCACUGAAAUAUGAAUUUUGGACAAUAUGUUCAAAAAUUGGUCUGUUACAUUUAUCAGAAAUCUCUGACAGUCUAAAUGUAUAUGAUUAAUUUGGCAUUGUAAUGUACAAAUGAAACCGAGACCUGAAAGUAGACCUGGCAUAGUUUUACUACCACCUGCAGGAUAAUAGAAUCGAAUAUAUGACGGCAAAAUUUCCGGAUGGGACACACAUUUUCUCAUUUAAGUAAUAAAAAAAAUUGGUGUUUUUUAGGUUUGUAGAAGAAAUGUCUUGAUUCAAUAAUAAGUGUGAUUGACUUUUCAUGACCUUAGCAUUUCUUUUAUUAGACUUGGUCUGGCAUUUUAUCUUCACCUUUAUAGAAGUUAAGAUCAAGAUUUGUUUUAUGUAGCAGCGCUGGAGUAUCACACCGUCAGUCAGGACAAAAUCCAGUUGGUCCUACAUACAUUGACUCAAAUCAGUAAAAAAAAUAUGUUGAUUGUAUUUUAUAUAUACAUACAUAGUAUAUAUAAACAAUACUCUGCUUUCUUAUAUAAUUUGAGCUGUUAUGUUGAUUUUUAUAUUUUGGAUGCAAGAUUGCUGAGAGUAUUUGUGUUGACAGACGAUGGUUGAUAUGAUCAUUCUCCUGUUUUGGUGUAUAUGCUAUGAUGAUUUGCAAAUUGAGCAAUUUCUAAUCUGUUAUACUAGAGUAUUCAGGCCCAGUUUGAAUUGUGUGGAAUGUGAGGCUUUAAUUGUGCUAUGCUUUAUUAUUGUAAUGUACAAUAAACCUUGAUGAGCUUGUAAUAUUAA